AUGGAUGACAUGGAAGACGACGCAAGGUACCCUCCCAAGUCGUUCUCCCUCAAUCGUCAGAACCCCUCUCACCGCCACAAACACCCCGUACGCGCCGCCCCUUACCAUCGUCCAAUGCCCCCGCGCUACGACCAGCCCAUCGUGGAUGACGGCGAUGACGACGAAGAAAACGAACCUGAAGAUUUCGACGAAGACAACGACGAAGGCGAAAACGGCUACGACGAAAACGACGUCGUCGGGUAUCCCCGGAUCCCGAAGAAGCGCAAGGUGGUAGUUGCGCCAGGGUCCUACGAGUUCGCGCCACGUGUCAAGUUCUCGUACGGUUCGCGCGGUUCGGGUUCCUCCGUUGAAGAGUGGAGCGAGCACGAGACUUUCGUGCUGCUGGAGGCGUGGGGGGACAAGUUCCUCCAGCUCGGUAGGAACAGUUUGAGGUCCGAGGAAUGGCACGAGGUUGCCGAAAAGGUUUCGGAGGAAUUGAAGACAGAGAGAAGCGUAACGCAGUGUAGGAGCGUGUUGGACAAGCUGAAGAGAAGGUACAAGAAGGAGAAAACCAGAAUGGAUGAAAUGGGGUUGGGCUCUUGCAAAUGGGCCUACUUCAAGAAGAUGGACAUGUUGAUGGCUUCCUCUGCAAGGCAAGAGUAUGGUCUUGCAUGUGGGGUAGAUUCUGGGGAGUAUGUGUUUAUGAACACAAGGGUUUACUUGAACAGGUCCAAUGGGUUUGAUGAGAUGAGGGACAGUCCAGGGGAGUCUGAGAGUGAUGAUGAUGAUGAGGAAGAGGAGUGUGGUGGUGGGGCUGGGGCUGCUGCGGAGGAUGAGGAGGAUGAGACAUCGUUCCGCGUGUUGGCAGAUUCUAUUCAGAAGUUUGGGAAGAUUUAUGAGAAGAUUGAGAACAGCAAGAGGCAGCAGAUGAUGGAGUUGGAGAAGAUGAGGCUGGAUUUUAACAGGGAGUUGGAGCUGCAGAAGAAGCAGAUUCUCGAGAGGGCGCAGGCGGAGAUUGCCAAAAUUCAGGAAGGGGAUGAGGAGGAUACUGACACUUCGACGGAGAAUCUCAGUGAAUGA